GCAGCCAAUCUGCGCCGUCCGUGUGGCGGCAGCCGUCACGCGUUUGUGGUUGACGGCGGUGGUGGUGGUGGUUGUUGCUGCUGCUGCUGCUGGUGGUGGUGGUUGUAAUUAUUGUUGUGGUUCUCAGCCCUCAGUGUUACUGUCGUCGUCGGCGGCGGCGACGAUGAUGAAGGCCGCGCUGACUGUGUGGCUCACGGCGUCGUGGGCAAUGGCCGAGGUCUUCUUCGAGGAGAGGUUCAGCGACGGCGAGGGAUGGCAGUCCCGCUGGGUAGAGUCCCAACACAAGUCCGACUAUGGAAAAAUGAGGCUCUCAGCCGGUGCCUUCUAUGGCGACGCAGAGAGAGACAAAGGCCUGCAGACGAGCCAGGACGUGCGCUUCUACGCCGUCUCCGCCGCGUUCCCGCCCUUCAGCAACAAGGGCCGCACGCUCGUGCUGCAGUUCAGCGUCAAGCACGAGCAGGACAUCGACUGCGGCGGCGGCUACGUCAAGCUUUUCCCCGCAGACCUCGACCAGCAGGACAUGCACGGCGACUCGCGAUACUACCUCAUGUUCGGCCCGGACAUCUGUGGGCCGGGCACGAAGAAGGUGCACGUGAUCAUCAACUACAAGGGCAAGAACCACCUCAUCAACAAGGACAUCCGCUGCAGGGACGACGAGUUCACGCACCUCUACACGCUGGUCCUGCGGCCGGACCAGACGUACGAGGUGAAGAUCGACGGCGAUCGCGUGGAGUCGGGCAGCCUCGAGGACGACUGGGCCGUGCUGCCCCCACGGAGGGUCGAGGACCCGGCGGCCGUGCGCCCCGACGACUGGGAUGAGCGGCCCUCCAUUGACGACCCCCACGACACCAAGCCCGAGGAUUGGGACCAGCCGGAGCACAUCCCUGACCCCGACGCCAAGAAGCCGGACGAUUGGGACGACGAAAUGGACGGGGAGUGGGAACCGCCCAUGGUGGAGAACCCCGACUUUAAGAGCGAGUGGAAACCCAAGCAGAUCAGCAACCCGGACUACAAGGGCACGUGGGUCCACCCCAAGGUCGACAACCCGGACUUCGCGUCCGACCCCAACAUUUACUAUUUUGACAACAUCGGGGUGCUGGGUCUCGACCUCUGGCAGGUGAAGUCGGGCACGAUAUUCGACAACUUCCUCGUCACCGACGAUGAGGAAUACGCGGAGGAGGUUGCCAAGAAGACCUGGGGGCUCACCAAGGACGCGGAGAGAAAGAUGAAGGAGGAGAGAAGGAAGCGCGAAGACGGUGACAACGACGAUGGCGGCGACGAGGGGGACGCGACCCCCAGCAAGCGGGACCCUGACCCCGCCGAGGACAGCGAGGAGGAGGAGGACGAUGACGAAGAUGACGACGAGAAGGAAGAGGAGGAGGUGGAGGAGGUGGAGGAGGAGGAGAAAGAUGAGGUUAAGGAGGAGGACUUGCACUCGAAAGACGAGCUGUAGGGGGAGGUCGUGAGGCAGCGGCUGGCUGGCGUGGGCCACUGUGGAGCUCACGCGCCGGUCCCAACACCCCCCCCCACUUCCCCGCAGCGAGGCUGCGUCUUGUGACAGCGCUUCCACACCUGACCCAUCUGUUGCGUAACUCGGUUGCAUGCAACUGCAUUGCUAAUGUUUGGGCAUCCCUGUUGCCAGUUGCGAGCGGGUUUGCGCUACCGGCCGCUUGCAGCCGAAACAGAUUCUGCUUGCAAGUGGCGGUCUGCUCGGCGCGCUUGCGAACAGGGCUGUAGGGGACACGGCAUGACACGUCCUUGUUGCGCAACUGCUCGCCCAGGUGUGGACAGAGCAGUUCCAGGUGAUUUAGGUUGCACGAUUUAAAGUGCGAUCGGUUGCGCAACGGAUCGUUCGGAUGUGCAUGCAGCUUUGCAGCGCCACGGUUGUACACGACCGUCAAUGCAAUCUCUUGAGUUGCCGUCGAGUUGAACAGCUGGUCAUCCUCUGUUGUCUCCGAGACCAAAUUGAACAGCAAAUUCCUCUGCCAUAGCAGCCCAGGUGUACAUAGCACUAAGCAGGCCUAUCGGCCGUCUGUCCUCUGCUAGGCCAGCGAGAAUUCGUGCGUCUGAAUUCCUUUGCCCUCAUCUCCACUCGUGCUAUCAGCCACUAUCCACAUCAUGUCGUGAGAUGACGAUUUUCCGAUUUGGAAUUGUCGCAGAGCAGGGCAUCGUGAGAACGGUCCGAGGAAGGUGAUACUUUCACGUGACCUCUUAACCCACACUGGGGCAGCACUGCAUCUCCCCGCACGCUCUGCUUUAGAGAUGUUUUUUGCAUGACGGUCAAGAGAUGGAAUUCAGCCCAGAGAGAAAAAACUAAUUUAAUGCAAUCGGUUUUUUUUGCAGUCAUUGUUGACCAGGCUGAGGCUGUUGAAAUCUAGACCCGAACCCAGGAUUCUCAACCGUAUCGGCUCCGUGCUGAAACCUCGGCAAUUUAAAUUCACAAGCGCACACGCUGUGCGGUGUACGCUGUGGUCUUCCCACAGUAUCGUGCGUGGUGCAGGCGGCGGUAGGAGAUGAGAUCCCAUCAGCAAUCGGCCAUGCUCAAUCCACUGCUGGGUUAAAGACUCCCAGAUUGAGAUGAGGGGGGCGGGAAUACAACCCUCCCUGACUGCAAUCAAAAUGUAACCUCACGUGCACUUUCCGUCGUCCGUGUUGCUUGUCCCGUGUUUAUCGACGUAGCACUUUGUGAAGAUGAUCGUUGGGUGUCUGAGGGAAUGCGACGCGGUAGUCCGUGGUCGAGGUUUCCGCUCGGCCGCUGUCAAUGAGGCGUAGCAGUAGUAGUAGCUGUAGGCCGUGGCAGUGCUGUGAUGGUGUUUGUUGUUUUUACCGAGCAGGCGAUGCCCUGCGUUGACUGGCGGCUCCGUGCGAGACUGUGAGUGAUGCCUGAAGUGCGUUUUUUCUACUCGUAGCGUGUGACCCGUGUCCUAGUGAUCAUAGCUGCCGUGUCUGGUCCGUACGAAACACUCAAGGCUGGGUGGUGAGAAGUUCAAUGUCCUCGUUCAGAACACUGAUAACACAUUCCUGCGGAGGGAGCUGGUAGGAACGUCGGGAUGUUCGGUCAAUGGCCAGGGUCAACGGCGGCGUGGUGUAUUCCACAAAUAUGCCCGACUGUGAGGGCGGGCACAAGCUGGUGUGAGUAGGUUAAACGUUGAGUUUUAUAAGGGCACCACGGGGUGACCAGCCCCUCCCCACCCAGCCCACCCUCCCCACCCCGGCUCUCCCUGCACGACGGACGGACACAAUAAUCCCCUGUGGGCUGGUGUAACCAGGAGGUUCCUACCAGUAAAACUCGAGAUUAGACACCAACCCCAGCUGUACCACGAGCCCCAGCACUGCACCUCGUCUGCUGGCUCCUGGAGGAACCCCCCCUGCACCUUGAAUGAGACGGAGGGAGGGAGGAGGAGGGGGGCGGUACGAGGGGGUAUCCCGAAUGGAAAAAGAAAUCUGUGCAAAAGCAAGUGCGCUGUCACGGAGAGACGGCCGUUCAGUGCUGAAUCUCCGGGGCAGAAUAGACGAGCAGACAGCAGCAGCGUCUCCAUCGCAUUCGUACAGCCGUUUCUCCUCACUCACCCACUCACUCACCCACUCACUCACCCCCUCACUCACCUCACUCGCCCCUCACCCACCCACUCACCCCUCACCCACCCACUCGCCACCUCACUCACUCGCCCACUCACCCCUCACCACUCACCCACUCACCACCUCACUCACCUACCCACCCCCUCAACCACCCCCUCACUCACCUCACCCACUCACUCACCCCCUCACUCACCCACUCACCACCUCGCUCACCCACCCACUCACCUACCUUCAUCCACCACCUCACCUACCCACCCCCUCACCCACCCCCUCACUCAUCCCCUCACUCACCCGUGUCUCCUCACCUCCGAUUAGCAUGGCUGGCUCUGUAUGGUGCGAAAGAGGUUCAGCCUACAUUGGCAUGGCCUCGCGAGGGGGGUACCGACUAGGCCUCGUGUCAUGUGCACGAGAGUGGCAGGCAGUCGGACACGAGAAUGAGACGCAAUGUCCCAACUGUGCCCGACCCCUAAGCUAAAACAACAAAAACCCACACAGCCUAACCAGUCUCACUGCUAUUGUCCAAAGCAUCGUCCCAAUGCUGAAAAGUCACCUUGCAAAAUUACUUCGCUUGGGUUUGCGCGCAGCAGCAACAUCGGCCACCCUCUCCUGCCAGAGCCUUCACCGAGGCGUGCGACUCGGGCGAGGUUUCCCUCGGUAAACAAAUCGUGAUCGUGCUACUGAAUCGUGAUCGCCUGAGGUCGCUUCGAGCACCCUGGUGGCUUCGUAUUAUAUUUAAAAGCGUCGUGGGGGGGGGGGGGGUCGGGCUAGGACUAUUUAUUAUAUUUAUUGAACUAUUUCGGCUGCAUAAACCCCUCGAGAUGGACACGUCUCGUUGGCAAGGGUGUCCCGGGGGGUUUUAAUCGACACGACAGACACGUGACGACACGUGUCAAAGAAAAGAGCCUCCGUAUAGCCUUGACAGACUGUAGGGGCAAGUGCUGUUAGCGAGCACCUAUGAAGGGCGGCACGGCACACGAGAGGGUAGGUGGCCAACACCACGCCCGGCCGCCUUUGUCUCCCCAGUGGCGAUGUUUACGUAUCUCACCAGGUACACAUUUGAGGUUGAGUCCACGUAGGGGAGGCCCAGGAACGGUUCAGAUGAUCGUCACCGGUGUUGGCCGUGAGCGGGAAUCGAACCCGGGUCGCCAGGUUUGUAAUGCAGCAUAGUGCUAACCACUACACCACCGCUCCCCACAACACGUGACGUGCGGUGAGGCGUGGCCUCAGAGGGGGCGUGUUAGACAUGCCCCCUCACUGAGGCAGGUGUGAUAGCUGCCUCCCCUGGUGCUUUUUCAUUGCAGUUUCAUGACGAGACCAGCGAGCCUAAACAUAUGUAUACACGUACGUGAAAUAAGUUACCUGGAGUAUGGAAGGCGAGGACAUGAAAUUAAGGGGUCUACAAACAUUACAUUGGUGACACACAGAGAUAGUAACAGGCACGCGCUUAUUGCCCGCGCUCCAUCCAGUUUCUGAGUGGUUGCGCAAUCAGAGGGGAGGCUGAGCUCGUCGCUGCCUCACCUAUCGUCUCUUCCUGUAUUUGCAGCGGAGCUCCGCAAAUUUGGCGAUUUUGACUAUAAAAAUUAUUGGAAUCGUACAGAAAUGACAUUCAUAACACAGAUCAGUGGAAAAAUCUUAAUUUUCUGUGUAUUAUUUUUUACUUUUCGUAACAGCUAUUUCCUUUGGAGUACGGCAGGUGAUGCUGUGCCUGCCCUGCCUGCCCUGACCGCACGUCCCUGGUGUAUACACGCACACACGUUAGAUGUGUUACUCUUUAGUGUGCGUUUCGUAUGAUUCGCAUCGCACUCAGUCCCGUACGAGAAUUGGUUCUUGUCACCGAUAUAAACCGCUCGAAACUUGUUGUCCCACUGGUGUAUUAAAUUAUGUUGUGUACGUUACAAUUGUGGGUUUUGUUUUUACCAUUUGGGCGCAUUGAGAUUUACGGAUGAAAUGCGCCUUUUAACAUUUGUAAAUUAUUGUUGCUUUGCAUUCAGAAUGUCUGCGUUAAUGGCAUCAUCCUGUAUGAGUUUGUUCCGACCGUAUAUCGCAUGUGCUCUGCAUUGCUUCACCCCCCUUCAACAGAGUUGUACUCAACGAGUCAAUCGUCCUCGCUCUCAGCAUAAUCAGCCAAGGUCUAUCCCCCGCUGGAUGAAGGCCUUCCAAAACCAUCGUAUCUCCCAUGAUUACCUGGUGAUAACUAUACAGGAUACUGGCCAAUUUAACACAUUCCUGCGGAGGGAGCUGGUAGGAACGUUGGGUUGCUCGGUCAAUGGCCAGGGUCAACGGCGGUGUGGUGUUUUCCGCAAAUAUGCCCGACUGUGAGGGCGGGCACAAGCCGGCGUGAGUAGGUUAAACGUUGAGUUUUAUAAGGGCACCACGGGGUGACCAGCCCCUCCCCACCCAGCCCCACCCAGCCCCAACCUCCCCACCCAGCCCUUCCCUGCACGACGGACACAAUAAUCCCCUGUGGGCUGGUGUAACCAGGAGAUUGAGUAGAUUAGAUUUGUUUUUGAUGCAGCCGUUUCACUAAAAACUGUCUGGCCUGCUGCCGUGUAGAAGGGGCUGGUGGAGGGGUACAGCCGCCGUCGAUAGGUUCACGUGGCGGGGUCAGGGCUCGGACACCACAGAGAAAUGCGUGAAUAAAAAUCUAAACUUGCUGUGCUCA